AUCCCCACCACGUGGCGAGUGAUCGCUAGCUGCACUUCGUGGCUCAGCGGGGUUGCUGAGCUGCGGCAGGGGUGUCUUAGUGUCGCCGCCGGACAACAGGCAAUCGCGUCACCCCGUCCCCGCAUUCCGCUUUUACGACUAUGGCGGGUGGCCGUCGAUGACUUCCCGCUGUCGUUGAGCAACAAAUAUCACCGACAACGUAUCCUUCGAGCAGCGAAGUCGACACCCGUAUCGAUAGCCACCCACCGCCCACCGAAGCACACGAACGAGCAAGCAACAUCACCGAAUUGCACUCGACCUCGUCCCCUCCGCCACGAGCAAAGACACCCGUCAACAAUACGUAUCGCAACAUGCCGUCCUCAGACACUCCCAAUUUCUGCAGCGUUUGCGGAGAGCCGUAUCACUAUUCGUGCCCAUCGCUACAAGAAGACCCAGGACAGGCGGAGAAGCAGCAAUCCCACAAGGAACUGGUCGACACGCAGGACACGAAGGAAUCAGAGCAGUCGCUGGUAAGCUUGAGGCCGGAGGAUCAGCAGACGAUGGUGACCUUCCGGCCGGAAGACCAGCAGGCGAUGGUUAGCUACCGGCCGGAAGACCAGCAGGCGAUGGUUAGCUACCGGCCGGAAGAACAGCCGUCGGAGGAGUGGGCGGUUGUGCGCGUGGAUCCGGACCGCCAGCAGUCACCGGAUCGCGACAUGGAGAUCGUGCAAUCGGACUUCCAGCAAAAUCAGGAGGCUGCGGACGGAGGCGUCAAGCUGCACCCCCAGCUGCAGCAGCCGCAUCACCAGAAGCAAACGCAAAUGUGGGCUGGGAAAACCGCGGAACGGGAUUACCCCAGGUCGCCGGAUCAUUCGGCAGAGGGGAGCGUGGACCACGAAUACCAAAGGCCACCGCAGCGACGGGGGGCUCCGCAUUGGGCCGUGGAUGGCGUCGACCCGGAUUACCCAAGACCACCGCAGCGACGAGCGGCACCGAAUUGGCCAAUGGGUGGCGUUGACUCGGAUUACCAAGGGCCACCGCAGCGACGGCCGAACUGGGCAGUGGGGAGCAUGGAACCGGAGUGCCUAAUGCCACCAAUGCCACCACAGCGACGAGAAGCACCGCAUUGUGGGAUGGGAGGCAUGGAACCGGAUUACCCAAUGCCACCGCAGCGACAAGACGCACCGAAUUGGGCAAUGGGGGGCGUCGACCCGGAUUACCCAAUGCGGCAGCAGCGACGAGGAGGACCGCAUUGGGCAGUAGGAGGCAUGGAACCGGAUUAUCGUAUGUCACCGGAGCGACAUCCCGCAGCGAAUUAUAUGCCAGCUAUGGCGAACCCAUUCUUUCAGGCGAUGGCAAGUCCGAUGGCGUCCGUUUAUAAUACACUUUCGCAUUGGAUGCCGGCUUGGAUGCCGGCUUGGACACCGGUCUGGACGCCGGCGUGGAUGCCAGGUUGGAAGCAGACAUGGGCCCCGGCGUGGAUGGUGAUGUGGACACCAUGGCGUUCAUACUAGUGUCGUAACUCGAUAGUUGUCUGAGUUGAGUCUGAGAAGGAAGAAACAACGAGUCGCCGGUGAGAUGGCGGUAUUGAUAUAACGAGGCGAUUUUUUUGGAGUUUGGAGUUUGCAUAGUAGAAGGGGAACGUAUGAGAAGACCGGCGGGACGAGUGGAUAUGGAGGUGUAUCAAAGAGAACAUACUAUCGCUCUCAUUCAAAUUGAAUCUU